AUGGGAGCAGCUGGGCUGGAGGCGGCGGGCCUUGAUGGCGACCAAACGGCCGCCGGGCUGGCUGGGCAGCAGCCGGAGGACGACGGCAGGGCUGCCUGUCCGAGCGUCAAACUAGCGGCCCCAACGAGCGAGGCGGGCGGUGCGCUGGCGUGCCGGAAGGGCAGCCUGGCCCCUCACCCCGCCGCGGCCGUCGUGGCGCGCACUGGCGGCGGCGCCUGCCCGGGCAGGGCAGACGGCAAGGGCGCCUAUGGCGCUGCACUGUGCGCGAUAGCCAUCCACGAGCUGGAUGAGGAGGCCAUCGAGCUGAUCUUCACCUUCCUGCCGGUUGAGGACCGUCGCAGCGCGGCCGCCGUCUGCCGCCUGUGGCGCCGCGUCCACAACUCCAGCACCAAGCUCUGGGGCAGCGUGCUGCUGUCGGGCGAGCGCAUCGCGGCGGCCUCCUCGUCAGCGGCCGCCAUAGUGUCGUGGCUGGGCGCGCGCCUGGAGGCGAUGCGUAGCGUGCGGCUCUGGAGCCCCUGCCUGCCGCUGGAGGCCUUUGCCUCGGGCCUGGCGCAGCUGCUGAGCCGCGAAAACAGGCUGCAGAGCUUCAGCUACGUCAGCACCGACGCCAGCGUGUCGCGGCUGCUGGGGGAGCUGCAGGGGCUGACCUCGCUGCAGCUGCUGGACAUCCUGUCGCCCGCGUUUGGGUCGGGGCAGGGCCUGGUGGUCAAGGCGCGGGAGCUGGCCAAGCUGAAGCCGCUGAGCAACCUGCUGAGCCUGCAGCUGCACGCGCGCGAGAUCCGCGGCUCGCUGCCACCCGCCCUCUUCCGCUGCCUCAACCGCCUGCAGCACCUGGCCAUCUCGGCCAAGUGCCGCCUGCCCGCGGCGGUGGUGGCGCAGCUGUCGGGGCUGCAGAGCUUGGAGCUUCAUGGUGCUAGCAUGGACGUGGCGGCGGCGGAGGCUGCGGCCUCCCUGCAGCAGCUCACGCGCCUGGCCAUCAGCGUGCACAGCCAGCGCUGCGAGGAGCGGGAGCAGGAGGAGGAGGCGGGAGGCGGCGGCGGCGCGCGGCGGCGGCGCGGCGGCGCCGCCGCCAAGGCCGCCGCCUGCGGCGAGGUGCAGCGCUGGCAGGACCACGCCAUCUGGGGGCAGCUGCCGCAGCUGGCGCGCCUGCAGCAGCUGUGGGUGGGCGCAGAGCUGCCCGAGGCGGGCGGCGGCGGCGGCGGCCAGCGGGGCGCCUCCAUCCUGCCCUACGAUGUGCUGGAGGGCGCGCUGACGCACCUGGUGCUGCCUGUGGCGCUGACUGCGCUGCCAGACCUGGUCCCCGGCCAGCUGGCGGGGCUGGCGGCGCUGGACCUCACACACUCCAUCAGGCUGCACCGGCUGGUGCUCAACGGCGCCCCGCUGGCGGGCGGCCACCUGCCCCCCGCCUUCUCCACGCUGCACGGGCUGCGGCACCUGGAGAUGAGGGCCUGCCGCCUGCAGGCGUGUGCGGGCCGGGGCGCCGCCGCGCUGCCCCAGUGCGUGGCGCAGCUCCCCGGGCUGACACACCUGGACCUGGGCAUCAACCGCCUGGCAGACCUGCCGGGCGGCCCCUACCUCGCCCACCUGCAGCAGCUGGUGCUGCGCUGCAACGCGCUGCGGGCGCUGCCGCGGGCGCUGGCGGGCGCGCCCCGCCUGCAGCUGUUGGAUGUGGGGGAGAACGAGGACCUGGUGCUGCAGGGCAGCGAUGUGGAGGGCGUGCUGGGCCGCAUGCCCGACCUGCGACACCUGGUGCUCAGCCGCCAGCCCUCCGGCUUUGGCUUUGGGCCCUACAUCAGCGCGGGCAGCGGCGCGGCCUGGGAUGCGCAGUCGGUGGGCGUGCUGAUGCAGCUGGCGCGCUCGCUGCCCACCCUCUGCGUCCACCUGGAGCGAGACGAGCAGCGGGGCGCGGCGGCGCCGCCGCCGCCGCCGCCGCCGCAGCAGCCCUACCGUGCCGCCGGCAGCGCCGCCUGCCAGUGA